GUGAAAAAUUUUAGCUCCUCUUCUUCUUCUCUGCCUGACCUCCGUGACCUUUUCUCCACUUCCUGUCUUCCCUGCAGGGUGAAUGUCGGCUGCGGGCCAGCUGAGGAGCGGGUACUCCUCACAGGUUUACAUGCUGUGGCUGAUAUCUACUGUGAAAACUGUAAAACCACCCUGGGCUGGAAAUAUGAACACGCGUUUGAGAGCAGUCAAAAGUACAAAGAGGGAAAGUUCAUCAUCGAGCUGGCUCACAUGAUCAAGGACAACGGAUGGGAGUGAUGCUCCUCUUUUCUUUCUCUGACCUUGGAAUGCUCUUUAUUGAACUGCGUGGAGCGACAACCAUCGACCACCCUGCCCCCCCUCCCGAACCCCCUUUACAAAAAAACAACCUCCACGAACCUCCACCCCCUCGCCUCCUCCACGUGCACACACACCCACCUGCUCAUCGUGAAACUGAACAGAACAAAUGACAUUUAAAAAAAAAAAUAAACCCGACGACGAGGAAGUGGAGCAACUGUUGAAAAAUCACGUCACAGGAGUCGUUACUUUAAAGAUUGUGUGUUCUCCUUCGCAGCGCCGGACCUUUUUGGGUUUGACCCUCCCACCCGCUCACUCUCACCCCCUUCCCCCCCACCGAACCACGCUUACAAGUGAUUGUGGUGAUAAUGGCGACCACUAUGCGAACGGAGAUAGACUUCACUGAGGGGACAUCUUUGUUUUCUUUAUUUCGCCCGCCCAGCGAGACGGAUGAUAAUUAUUUUAAUGUUAUUUGCUCUAGUUUUAACUUCUGGGUUUGGUAAGGUUUUGGUUUGAUGGCAGAUGGAUGUUACUGGUUAGCAUUUUAUUUCCCUGUCAAGUCUGUCAUGUUUUGUUUUAGUUGUUUUUUAUUUUUUGGCUCGUUGUAUCUCUGCCUUUAGCUGAGCAUGCUUUUCUUUGCUAAUGUCCAAAUGAGCAAUCAGGGACAGGUGAGGAGCGGAGGGGAAAGGGAGUUUAUUGUAGUUACAAAUAUGUAGCAGCAUCUUGCUUUUUAAAAAAAAAAAAAAUGGCAAAGGAUGGGAUUGCAGUAGUGUGGGAUUUUAUUCCUGAUAUUUUUUUCUGUUUUAAUCUUUUUUUUUCUUACGAAUUUUCUUAAUUUCCCCCCUUUUCUGGUACUUUUAAGCACCCAAAAAACAUUGGAAGCAGCACCUAUUUGUUGGAUAUAAAUGAAUAUAUAUAUAUAUAUAUAUAAAUAUAUAGAUAUAUAAAUAUUUGUAGUGUUUGGCUAAGUGCGAUUGUGGCUGGUCCCAUUUUGCAGCAGUACCACAAGUGAAAAAGACAUGAGAAGAAGCAGAAAUACUUUCUAGACUGGGAACCUGACAUCAGUGGCCACAUGUCAUAAAGCAUUAGGGCAGACUGUAUUAUUCCAUUGUCUAGUAAUGACACAAUAAGAGACACAACUGCAUAUGAAUAUAUAUACACACAUACUAUGAUGACAUAUCCAUAAAUACUAUGAAAAUGUUCGUAGUACGUAGAUAUUGGAACAUGGAUUCUGAAUAUAUAUUUGCUGUCAUGCACAUAUGUAUAUAUGCAUAUGACCGUGUGUGUAUAUGCAUUGUGUGUAUGUGUGUGUGUGUGUGGUCACGCAUUACACAGUGACAUACUUGAACGAUGCUACUUCGUUUGCACUUUGCAGAGGCCUUUGGUUCAUCUCAGUUUAGAGGCAAAAACUUUGUUCGCUCUCGUCUGUUUUUUUUUUUUUUUUUUCAUUUAAUGGCCUUCUCACAGACAGAUUGUUGGAGACGGAAAGAAAGUUCGACCUGGACAGUUUGAGGGGUUUACGCUGUCUCCGUUAAGACUGUAAAGACGCUUCUAGAUCAUUUGAUUUGAAUUACAUCGACAAAUUCUGCUUUUCCUCUCCGCUUGAGAAAAGUGUAGUUUCCGAUGAUUCUUUGCUGCUAUCGUAGAAAUCCCGUUGUUUCCCUCCCGCUCUUGUAGGUCUUUUGCACUUUAAAUGCUUAUCCGUCUCUCCUUCUUAGAGUGUGUGAUUCCUCUCUUUGUGAUUUGCCUCUAAGCCGUAUGAAUCUUGUGCCUCUUCAAAACAUGAUCAGCCUCCCCUCUUAUUUUUCUGUUGUGCAGUGCAUAACUCCGAAAACCUUUGUGUGAACCGAUGUGUCUUCCCCCCCCCCUUCUGGUUCAAAGUGGCCCUCAAAAAAACAACAACACCAAAAUCCUCAUAGAGCUCUUCCCUGUUUUGUUUUGUUUUUGGACAACAGAGACUUGGUAUACAUACACACUUAUAUUUUCUACGUUAAGAUUUAGAGGUGCAAAAACAGAUAUUCAGUAUAUUAUUUCUCAGAGUGAAGCAUAGAGGAGGAGGAUCGGAGUAUGCAGGAUGCCCAGGGCUUGUUGUUUGACUUUUUAUUGGAAGGAUAAAACAAGAUGGCAGCAGGUUGAGGUGGAGGUUGGGCAGGGCGGGAUGGGAGAGAUUUAAAAGAAAAGAAAAAAAUCAGCAGUGAUUGAUUACUUUGCCGGCAAGGUCAGUCAGAUCACACGACCUUUUAUCCUAAAAACGUUGACAAUGCAAACCCUUAAUAGUUAGCAGUGAUACCUACUUGAAAAUAUAAAAACAUAAACAGCUGAGAUAUUGGCCCGUGUUACAGUUUUUGUACAUAAAGUAACAUAUUUAAGGUUUUAUACGUAUUUCUACUGGGUUAGUUCUUUUACUUCCCCAACUUGAAGCACUUUUGUUCACUGUACCUCUGGCUGUGUGCGUCUGUAUGUGUGUGUGUUUGGGUGUGAGUGUGUGCGUGUGUGUGCAUGCAUGUGUAUUAGCCCACAUGCACGCCUGCACACAAAAGUGAAUGUUUAGUUUCUUUUCCUCAGACAGUUUAUUUCUCUUUUUGUUUCUCCUCUUUUUUUGGUUUGGAAGUGUUUUUAUUUGUCCUGUUGGUUGUUUUUUCUUUUUUCUUUCGCAGCUGUUUGGUUUCUCUCCCGGUGAUCUGUGAGGUCGAGAGCCAGGUUAGUUUGUUUGGAAGUGAUUUAUCCCUGUUUUUUUUUUUCUGUUAGCUUGUUUAUUUAGCUUGUGUGGUGAGAGCCCGUUAGAGGGCCGAUGUUUAGGUCUCUGCUGAGCCAUGUAGACGUUGAGGGCGAGCUGGAAUCUCCCACCAUGUCGCAGGGAGAGCCUUUACCAAGACCCUUUCGCCACCACAGUCAGUGUCUCCUGUGUAGAGGGAUUUCAGGUGAUGAAACAAACCCUCUGGCGGCCAUAUUGGAGGUCCUUAGCUUUUUUUUGCAACACUGGUUGUGAAUAUCUGAUUGUAUUUCCUGAGAACUUUUGAAUUUCUGUGCUGGUUUUGACCGAAAAUGAACUGUUACUUCCCUGAAUCUAUGUGAUUGAUUGUUUUGAUAAUGUUAGCUUCCUGGGCUAAGUCGCUGCAUCCCUUGAAGUUUGCAUUUCUACACUCUUUACAGGUCAAACAAGGUCUGUUCUGUUUUAAACACUCCUUCAAAUGCAGGAAGUUCAACUGCACAUUCAUUGUUAAAGAGCAGCUCAGCAGCUGAAAGUCUUGCUGUUCACUAACCUGGCUGCAGUGAUGUAGAAGUGAACUCCAGGGUGUGUUAGUACCCCAUGACAUCACUGGUGGGUGUGGUUACAGGUGCAACUGAGCACAUUACGGACUACAACCAUCAGUGAUGCUGGAGAGGAGAAGACAAAACUUCUCAGCCUGGUGUUUCUUUACUCUUUAAUGAUGCAUUCAAGCGAUCUUUGUCAGUUCGUAAAGUUGGGAAGUACAACAUGAACUCAUUGUUAUUUGUGUUCCUGUGGUCAUCAGUGCUGGUUAACUGGCUACAUUUCAUGACCUGAGUUUACAACUUGGUAUUCACCAUUUUGUCAGCCAUUUCCUGGUGAUAAACUUGAAAACUACUGAGACUGAAAGUUCAUUCUUGACCUUGGAAGCAGCAGUUGUUGGAAUAAUCUAACACAAGGUCCAUGGGGUAGCUGUUAUGGAGCGUUUGACGUGUAGAUGUUCAAAUAUACAGUUUGUCUGAGCACUCGUCUGGCUUGGUCCCCGAUCAGACAGAGCACGUUUUAGCAACCUGGGUGAGUCUUUGUAAUUGUUCGCAAUAAUAGUGAGACGUUUAGCCCGCUACUUUUGCAUUGCUGAGCGCCUCAUAAUUUUCUGCUCCAGGUGCUUUGCCUUUUUGGGGGCUUGCUUUGAACGCCUAGGGUUGAAUAACUCAGACGGGCCUUCUGUGGUGAAGAUGGCAACAAGCGGUAGCAUAUGGUUAAGCUAACAUUAGCUUACUGUCGUCUUUGCCCUAGUCAAGCUGUAAAAAAUACCUGAACAAAUUGUAGCCUCAGCCACUUUCUAACAUGUAACAGAGUCCAGUCCCUGAGCGCCCUCUGCCUGUCCAUUUUUUAUGCGGAUUUUAAGAUACAGAUCUGCAAGUUUACGUCACCAUAGCAGUUAAGCUAAGGAGAGGUGAUUCAGUAGCAGCAAUAUUAAAAAAAAGAGGCAGCACACUGCAAAAAGUGUCCUGUCUGAUUAGGGCAGUCCGGUGUGCUUCGUGUUUUACAGGUUGCACGAUGCACACUGUCUGAUCAGGGCCACAGAAGUCUGUAAAGUGCUCAGAGGAAUGAAAAUUUGAACAUCUGUAACUCCUCUGGGCAGCUCUAUCUGCUGAAGAAGAUUGUGUGAUCCAAUGAAAGCUCCAGAACAGCUGCAGAAUGGACCUUGUGUUGUGCUUAUUUUGUCAAUUUUCAAUUGACUUGAGGAGUAGACGAGGAGCGCCUGAAUGCAUCAUUGGUUUUAUGUCCCUGAGGCUACACUGGCCUUCAGUUCAUCUGAAGGACACACUUUCAAGGGCUGCAUCCUUCACAGAGGUUGCAGCCUCUGAAUUGGGAUGCAGUUUUUAUCUGGUCAGCCAGCCUUCACUGUCCGAUAUGAUGAACAUAUCUGACUGAAAAUGUUGAAACACAGCCGUUUUGGUAAAGUUUACCAAGUUAAAACUAAAAAGACUUAUGGAGCAAAGAAAAAGGCACUGGUAGCUAAAUUUGGAAACAAAACAAUGUGGUACCAGGCCAUUCACAUCAGCUUAAAUCGUUACUGAAUGGACCGACAGUAGACAGACUUGUUACUGGUUACAUGCACACAGCCAGUUCCUCCAAAGGACCUCCACGUUGGCGUCAGCAGUGGUCGCUUGCAGAGCCUCUAUACUCUCCCUUCGAUCAGUCAGUCUAACUCGAAUCAACAAAAAGCAGUUGCCAGUGUCACCGCCGGUGUUGUACCAAAUAAGAACCAGGUUCUAUUGAAUGCAUCAGUGUCAUGUGUCAGUGGGCAGGAAGGAAGCCAGGGGUUGAGUGUCUCCUGGAGAUUUUAACUGCUAUACCAAAAUUAAAGUGGAGAAAUCCUGUCGCGUAUGACAUUGUGUUUCUGUAGAAUGUUUUGAUUCUCUGAACUUAACAGCGUCAAAGCAGCCUGGAAGAAAAAAUGUAGAUAUUUGCUGCUGAAAAGAAAAAACUGUUUACUUUUUAUUGUUAUUUUUGUUUUUAUUGUGACACUGGCUACCUACUUUUUGAGCUCUGUUACUUUCUGAAAACCUGAAAGGAUGUUGAUCAAAGGCAGGAUGGGUAUACAGGGGAAAAGACUGUACAAGUUCUUUUCUUAGGACUGUUAAACUACAGUUUAAGGUCUAAAGCAUGUUGUAUUUAUAAUGGCUAUAUGUCGUGCCUGUUUUAUUAUUAUUUUUUUCCUAAAUUUAAAAACAAAUAUUAUAUGCUUUUUAUUUGACUACAUUGCUUUGCAUUCUGUCUUAGUAAAGCCAUGUCACAUGUCUGUUUUCACUCUAAUGUAAACUAUCAGAUAUCACAAUAAAUUUUCAAUGGCAUUAA